AUGCCCUUUACUAAUGAGAGGAAGAGGAGUACUGUUAUAUUGGAGCCACCAGGGGAUGAUAAUGAUGUACUGUAUGUGUACACUAAGGGGGCAGAUGAUGUUAUGCUGCCACGACUAAGCGACCAACAAACUGGAUGCCAGGGGGUGACUGCAUCUGUGGCGGCCGCCGUGAACAGAUAUAGUCUCGAGGGAUUCCGUACGCUCAUAUUUGCGAUGAAGGGAAUAUUAAAGGAACAAUGGCAUGAAUAUAAGAAAAGGAUGAACGAUAUAGCACUCAUGGAGCCUGGUAGUGUUAAGGAGAGUCUACUCGAGGCGAUAUAUGAAGAGGUAGAAUCGGAGUUAAUACCAUUAGGAUGUACUGGGAUGGAGGAUAGACUGCAGGAGCAUGUAG